CCUCCCUCCCCCCCCAACUCCUGUCCAUCCCAUCAUCAAUCAUGUCGACGGCUUGGCUCAAGGCCUUUGAGGUGCCUGACAUGCCCAUGUGGCAGCCCAUUGCGGCGUGUGUGGUGUAUGUCACUGUCAACUAUCUGCUCUCUGGACGGACGCGUGAGCAGACUCCGUCGUGGAUCAAGGGCAUGGCUCUCUCGCACAACGCGAUCAUGACGGUCUUCUCGGCUUGGGUCUGCUACGAGACUUUUGCCUUCGUUCUCCCGCGGGCCUGGGAAUGGGACUUCAUUUACUCGCCGACUUGCAACACUCUCAUGGUGGAUGACGGCUCCUCGCCGCUGCCUGCUCUCUCGUACUUCUUCUACCUCUCCAAGAUCUACGAGUUCCUCGACACCUGGAUCGUCCUCCUCAAGGGCCGCAAGCCCAUCUUCCUCCAGGUCUUCCACCACAUCGGCGCUGUCCUCAUCAUGUGGGCCCUGACCCAGUUCCGGACCGAGGCCACCUGGCUCUUCCUCUCCCUUAACUCGUUCAUCCACACUCUGAUGUACGCUCGCUACGCGCUCACCGUCGUCGGUAUCCACCCGCCAUUCAAGUCGCUCCUCACCACCAUGCAGCUUGUCCAGUUUGUGGUCGGCAUGGGCCUUUCCGCCCCGUAUUUCUUCAUCGAGUGCCUCACUGGCCCGGCGUUCUGGGCCCUCGCGUGCAACAACACCUACGUCACCAUCCUGGUCUUCCUCUUUGCCGACUUUUUCAAGAAGAACUACCUCGCCAAGAAGCCCAAGAAGGAGUAA